AUGGAACCUCCACUAGAUAUUCAGUCAAAUGAGGCCUCUGUGAAUCAAACCGGCGGCGCCUCAAGAAGUCAUAGUUUCUCCUCUCAGAAGUCGAACGAUUCACAUACAGCAGCUGAAUUCAUCAGCACGCAACUGAAGCUCGAAGCAGAAGCUCGCGAAGUAUUGCCAUAUAGCAUCGAUACAUGCACAAAGCCUCUUGGAUCUCUUCGACAAAUUCUGUUUGCUUGUUUGACAUGCAAUCCUGCUCCAUCUAACGUAUCUGAUCCGUAUAAUCCUGCUGGCGUCUGUUAUUCCUGCUCCAUACAAUGCCAUGGCGAGCACAAUCUCGUGGAACUAUUUAACAAACGAAACUUCACUUGCGAUUGCGGCACGACACGUUUUCUAGCAACUUCGCCUUGUAGCUUGCGCAUCAAUUCAGAGACAAAUACAAAGGGCAAUGUACACUCGGAAGCUCCAGAACUGAAAAAUAAAUACAAUCACAAUUUCAGAAAUCGAUUUUGUGGUUGCGGAUGCGACUAUGAUGCUUAUAAAGAGAAGGGCACGAUGUUUCAAUGCUUGGGUCUAGGUGGUACUGGUGAAGGUGGCUGUGGGGAGGAUUGGUGGCAUCCUGGAUGCAUUACAGGUUUAGGACCAAAUUGGUACGAGAGUAUGAGUAAUGAAGACUCACCAGAGAAGUCCAAGCAAAACAAAGAAGGCACGCUGGAAUCUAUUACAGAAGUUGUAGAAUCAUCUGCAGUUGAACUAACCAAAGAUGGAACGAAUGAGAAGUCAAUUGAAGUCGAGGCACCGGUCGACCAACAAGAAGACAAAGAGGAGGAAGAAGAAGAAGAUCCGCCUCUACCUCCAGGAUUCCCCAACGAAGACGAAUUUGAAGGAUUUAUCUGCUACAAAUGUGUUGAUGCAAAUCCAUGGAUCAAAAGAUAUGCUGGUGCACCGGGUUUCCUCUCUCCUGUUUUCAAAAGAAGUGCAGCUCCUUCUCCUGAACGUGAGAUUCCUCCCACCUCUACGAAUUCCCUCGCGCCAUCAUUCUCGGAAUCUAGGAAGCGCAAACAAGAAGAUGACGAUAUAUCGACCUGUUCUUCAGCUUCGAAGCGAAUCAAGGGUGAGGAAGGAGAGAGGUCAACGGACAAGGGUUCUAAUAGCACCGAUGAUAGCAAAUCUGCAGCAUGCAAAUUGAAGGCAUUGCCAAAAGCACCCGAUGGUCAAGUCUCAUUAUUUUUUACAUCCGACUUUCGUGACCACCUCUGUCAUUGUUCAGACUGCUUCCCAGAACUAGCCAAACAUCCACAGCUUCUGGAAGAGGAAGAAACUUAUGAGCCCCCAGUAUCAGAAGACGGAGAUGAAGGAGGAAGCACAGUCGGUAGCGGGAGCAUAUAUGAUCGUGGCGAAAGUGCUCUCAAAAAUGUUGAUCGUGUUAGAGCUAUUGAGGGUGUAAUGGCAUACAAUCAUUUGAAGGAUAAACUCAAACCGUUUUUCCAAAAAUUCGCAGAAAGCGGUCAAGCUAUAAGCGCAGAUGAUAUCAAAGAACAUUUUGCGAAGAUAAGAGGUGAUGAGCAGGCUAUCAAAGAUGCUGGCGAAGGAGCCAAGGCGGAUGACAAUAGGAAGGAGCAAGGUGGCUGUUGA